AUGUCUGAUCCUGUUGAGCUUAUUCAGAGGGCUGAGAAGAAGGGUGUUCCCUCAUCUGGGAUCAAGAAAUUUUUUGGUGGGUCUGACUCUAUGAAAUUUGAGGAAGCUGCUGAUCUAUGUGUUCAAGCUGCUAAUGUAUACCGUUUGCGAAAGGAGUUGAAAAAUGCUGGUGAUGCGUUUGUCAAAGCUGCUGAUUAUCAAAUCCAGGCAGGCAGUGAAGAUGAGGCUGGGAACACGUUUGUCGAAGCUUACAAGUCCUACAAGAGCAGUGGACAGGCCUCUGAAGCAGUCGAGUCCCUAAAUAAAGCUAUCGAGAUUUUUACGACCAAGGGACAGUUCAGAAGAGGUGCCAAUUUCAAAUUUGAGAUGGGCGAACUGCUGGAAAACGAUCUCAACGACUAUGGUAAGGCUAUCGAUGCCUACGAGACCGCCGGUGAGUGGUACUCCCAAGAUCAGGCGCUCGCAUUGGCAAACAAGUGCCUCGUCAGAUGUGCUGACUUGAAGGCCCUGAACGGCCAAUAUCUAGAAGCAUGCGACGUGUAUGCUAAGCUUAUCAAGAACAGUAUCGGCAACAGACUGAGCCAGUGGUCUCUAAAGGAUUAUUUUUUCAAGAUGGGUCUUUGUCAACUGGCAGCAACCGACUCGGUCGCUGCUUCAAGAACCUUGCAAGAGGGUAAACGUGAAGACAGCAAUUUUGCAGAGUCAAGAGAAGCUCAACUGCUUCAGGAUCUAAUCGCAUGUAUCGCAGAAGGUGACGGUGAGCAACUAAGCGAAAAGGUGUUGAAUUUUGACAGGUUCAACAAGCUGGAUAAAUGGAAGACCACUAUUCUACUGAAGGUCAAAGAGACUAUCGCUCAAGCCGACGACGAUCUCUUGUGA